AUGCCGUACGAAUCGCAUGCUGUCUCUUUUGAACUAAAUCCACUUCUGCUGGAGUCAUCGUAUCCAAUUCAUAUACAUUUCUACGACGAAUCGUCAUAUUCGGAAUUAAAAUAUCGCUGUGCCGCUGAAAUACCGCGUGAUCUUAGUGAUUCAUAUAAAGGGAAAAAUAUAUGGGUUGAAAUAAUUAGCCGAGAUGUUGAUAUCGUACGCAACGUAUUAUCUUAUUUCGAUGCUCAUUCCUUGGUUAUUGAUGAUGUUCAAACAUAUGAUCAACGAAUGAACCUGUCCAUUUUAAAUGAAGAUGUUUAUCUUUUACUCGAUCUUAUUUACUUGAAUAAAGAUAGCCAUAUUGUCGAACAACAAAAAAUGAGCUUUUACCUGUUUGAAAACACCCUUAUCACCGUACAACAGUACUACACCGGCGGUCUAUUCUCAACAAUUAAAUAUCGUCUAAGCAAAAAGACUGCUCAAUCGAAAGGUCUCUUGAAAAAGAUGAAGAUAGAUUACUUAUUCUAUCGUUUACUCAAUGUUGUCAUUGAAAGCUACGUUCUUGUCUUAGAUUCUAUUUUACAUGAAACCGAAUUAAUCGACAAGCAAUUAAUGUUUUCAACUAAACCAAGAGCUGAUACUAUCACUAUUGAUACAUUGAAAUUAAUGUUUCACAUCAAGCAUGAUUUACUUCAUUUCAAAAUCGUCUGUGCACCACUGAAAGAUAUUAUUAUCAAACUUCAGAAAACUCGUGAAACGGUUGUGCCUAAACGACAACGCCCAGCAUUACGUCAAUGUCGUCGCCGAUUGAAACGACGUUUGCGACUAGUGGUAGGUCACAAAUGUUCGUUUGUAGCACCAACGACGACUUCGCUUGCUGCGACUAACGACGACGAUGAUUAUGCACUUGAUGAUGGUGUAUUAGUAUUCAAUGAUUAUAUUUAUAAAUACUUCCGACGUCUUCUUGAUCAUACUGUUGAAUUAAAUGAUAUGAUUGAUUCAUCUGCAGAUACGAUCACGUCAUUGAUUGAUUUUUACAUGAUCUUAAAUGGUGAACUAAUAAACGAUACGAUGCAGACUUUAACAGUCAUGUCGUGCAUUUUUAUGCCUUUAAAUUUUUUAUCGAGUGUUAGUUCAAUGAACUUCGAACAUAUGCCACAAAUUCCAAUGCGCUACGGAUAUUAUGGGCAGCUGGGACUGAUGGGCGUCAUAUUGUUUACAAUGAUUGCUUAUUUUAAGUUUAAAAAGCUAAUUUAA